GCUGCGCGCGGCGCAUGCCGACAAUGACAGGCAGACGCCGGUCACCGAAGGGAAAGGUGCCGGCCCGCAUGGCAAUGCCCGCGUGGCCGUGUCCACACUCGUGAAUCACCCUUCUCCAAUACCACACCAAGGCUUAGCGCGCUAGCAUUCCUCACGCCGGCGCCGCCCCGAUCGGAGAGAAGGGAACAUGGACGCGGCCGUCUCGAAUCCGUCGUCGAUCAAGAGGAUCGCGCUGGUCACCGGGGGGAACAAGGGGGUCGGCCUGGAGACGUGCCGGCAGCUGGCGACCAAGGGGCUCAAGGUCGUCCUGACGGCGAGGAACGAGGCGAGGGGGCUGGAGGCAGUCGAGGCCAUCAGGCGCUCCAGCGGCGCCGCCGCCGAGGUUUUCUUCCACCAGCUGGACGUCACCGACCCCUCCAGCGCCGCCCGGCUGGCGGAUUUCGUCAGGGGCCAGUUCGGGAGGCUUGACAUCCUGAUCAAUAAUGCUGGGAUUUCAGGUGUAGACCGAGAUCCAAUUUUGGUUGCCAAAGUCAAGGAUCAGGUUGAAGGCAUGGAUGUGAACCAGAGAGUUGAAUGGAUGAGAGAAAAUUCAAAAGAGACAUACGAGGAAGCUAAACAAUGUAUGAGGACGAACUACUAUGGUGCCAAGAUUGUCACGGAGGCACUACUUCCCCUUCUUCAGUUAUCCUCCUCCGGAAGAAUUGUCAAUGUUUCAUCAGGCUUUGGGCUGCUGAGAAACUUCAACAGUGAAGAACUUAGGAAGGAGUUUGAUGACAUUGACAAUCUCACUGAAAAGAGACUGGAGGAACUGUUGGAUUUGUUCCUAGAAGAUUUCAAGGCCAACUUAUUAGAGGCACAUGGGUGGCCAGCAGGUGGAUCUUCAGCCUACAAAGUUGCCAAAGCAGUUUUUCAGAAACGAGGAGCUGAAGCAGGAGCUGAACGACGUUGGCAGCCUCACCGAGGAGAGGCUGGACGAGCUGCUGGACAUGUUCCUGACCGACUUGUGGCCAAGGCGGCCCUGAACGCGUACUCGAGGAUCCUGGCGGCGAAGCAAACCGCGCUGCGCGUCAACUGCGUGCACCCCGGCUACAUCAAGACCGACAUGACCAUACACUCGGGGCUCCUGACGCCCGAGGAAGGCGGGCGCAGGGUGGUGGAGGUGGCGCUGCUGCCGGAAGGCGGGGUCACCGGCGCCUUCUUCGAAGACGGCGAGGAGGCGUCGUUCUCUGGACCCAGAAGUGUGCCGAGCAGACAACCAGAUCGAAGCGACUCCUAUCCUGUUGGUCGAUCGAGGAGAUCGUGGAACACGCUCAUGGAGGGCACAAUCUCCAAUCCGCUGGGCACAAGGAUUGCCGUGGUCACCGGCGGGAACAAGGGGAUCGGGCUCGAGGUGUGCCGGCAGCUGGCCGCCAGCGGCGUCACCGUCGUUUUGACGGCCCGGGACGAGACGAGGGGCGCGGACGCCGUGGAGAAGCUCCGAGAGCAGGGGGUCGUCGGCGUCAUCUUCCAUCAGCUCGAGGUCACCGAUGCUUCGAGCAUCGCUCGGCUGGCGGAGUUCCUCAAGACCCGUUUCGGGAGGCUAGACAUCCUGGUCAACAACGCUGCCGUUGGCGGGAUCGAGCCUGUAGACGAUCCGUCUUUUGGUCCAAAACCCGUGGGCGAACAGUUCGAUGGCAUGGAUUGGCACCAGAGAAUUGGAUGGAUGUAUAAAAACAGCCGGCCGACCUACAGCACGGCGAAGGAGGGCCUGCAGACCAACUACUACGGCACAAAGCACAUCACCGAGGCUCUUCUGCCCCUCCUGCAAUCCUCCUCCGACGGCAGGGUUGUAAACGUGAGCUCCGGCUUUGGUUUGCUAAGAUACUUCAGGAGCGAGGAGCUGAAGCAGGAGCUGAACGACGCCGGCAACCUCACCGAGGAGAGGCUGGACGAGCUGCUGGACACGUUCCUCAAGGACUUCGAGGCUGGGGCGCCCGCACUGGAGGCUCGCGGGUGGCCGGACGAGUUCGCGUCGUACAAGGUGGCCAAGGCGGCCGUGAACGCCUACUCGAGGAUCAUGGCGAGGAGGCACCCGGAGCUGCGCGUCAACUGCGCGCACCCCGGCUACGUCAGGACCGACAUGACCAGGAACUCGGGGCUCCUGACGCCCGAGGAGGGGGCGAGCAAUGUCGUGAAGGUGGCACUGCUCCCCUCCGGUGGGCCGACCGGCGUGUUCUUCGCGAUGGGGAAGGAGGCGUCGUUCCUCUGACGGUGACUUAACACUAGCCACUGCACGUGCGGCUCUGUUAAAGUCGAAUAAACUAUUGAAAAUUUAUCUGAUUCAUUCAAUGCCAUUAAAAUUUAGAUCAUCUCAUCGCUGCCAUUGAAAUUGUAUCAUCAUCCCUUCAAACCUCGGUAGCACAUAGUUUCGGGGUUCAACUUCUCUGGAACCGAAUAUUCUAGGAUUUAACAGUACUGUACUUGUUAGAAAUAUAGACAGUUUUCGGUAUAUUUUAAUUCCAAAUGUUAUUAUCAAUUUCAUGGCAUAAA